AUGACUAAGAUUAAGAUUAUGAAGCUCCUAAGUCAUCAUCAUCGUGUUUCAUUCAAAACCUUCCGCCACGUGCUCCGAUACGGCAACGUCAACACUUACAGCGUCAUGAUCCCAUCGCCGGAGAAGAAGGUGGGGCAACCGAAACCAACCACUGAGAACCAAAAUUCGGUUUCGUUGAAUGCGGCUGUUCAGGACUUGUGCCGGAAAAGUAGGAUGUCAGAGGCUAUGGUGAUGUUUAAGAAGAUCAAUCGGACGGGUUUGGCCCCAGAUAAGAGGACUUACAUGGCUCUGUUUCACAUGUUCUGCCGCCAGUUUCUCUAUGAACAGGCUUAUAAGCUUUUGACUGAAAUGGUUGUUAGGGGGUUUUCACCCUCGGUUUCUUCAUUCAACAAGCUUAUUCGUAGGUAUUGCUCUGAGGGGACACUUGAGGAGCUUGAGGAGGCUCUGUGGAUUCUGAGGGGCAUGCCUGAGAUGGGCUUGUCCCCUGAUGCUGUUAGUUAUGCCACUGUUAUAUCCGGGUUUUGCCGAAUCAGGAAGCCCAUGAAGGCGUAUGAAUUGAAGCUGGAAAUGGUUGACAAGGGCAUCUUGCCUAAAUUUGGCACAUAUUCGCAGCUUAUAGACUACAUGUACCAACAUGGGAGACUGUCCGAAGCUUUUGAUCUCUUCCGAGAGAUGCUGCGCGCGGGUGUCUGGCGACACUCGCCAGAUAAGUAUUAUUAUUUAACUGGAAAUUAUUCUAAGUUGAUGCAUGCUUAUUGUGAUAAAGGUGAAAUCAGUAAGGCUUUUCUUGUGCAUGAUGAAAUGAUACACAAUGGUAUUUUCCCUGAUGCUCACAAGUAUUCGAAGCUUAUACAGAAGCUGUGCCUGUAUCGGAGACUGUCGGGAGCUCUUUAUUUCUUCCGAGAGAUGCUGCGCGAGGGUGUAUGGCCACGCCAUCAAGAUAAUAAGUAUAAAUAUGUAACUGAAAGUUAUUUUAGUUUGAGGAAUGCUUAUUGUGUUGAAGGUGAAUUCAGUAAGGCUUUUCAUUUGCAUGAUGAAAUGAUACACAUUGGUAUUUUGUGUGAUUUUAUUACUGGGUUUUCACCGUCUCUUGUUACAUACAACGCGCUUAUUCAUGGUUAUUGUUUUUUUGGGAGGUUUGAAGAGGCUCUGGGAAUUUUGAGGGGCAUGGCUGACAUGGAUUUGUCCCCUGAUGUUGUAAGUUAUGGCGCUAUUAUAUCCGGGUUUUGCCGAAACCGGGAGCUGGGGAGGGCGUUUGAAUUGAAGCUGGAGAUGAAAGAGAAGGAUAUCUACGGGAUGGAUAGAGCCGUGAAGUGGACAAGGCUCGUACAUUGUUGCUGGAAAUGA